AUGUCGGUGGUGUUGGAGGUGGUGCGCGCCCUGGCGCCCAGGGCGCGGCCAUCGCCUUAUGCGAAGCGCUGGUGGACAUCGGACCUCACCCAGCUUCGUCGCAUUUACACGUAUUGGAGGAAUCGUGCCAGAUCAUCGAGACGAGCAGGACAGAAGAAGAAGCACUGGGACGAGUUUCUCGCAGAUAACGAUAACAUGUGGGAGGUGGCAAAGUACAUGAAGUCGGGAGACGAUGCGGCGUUUGUCAAGGUGCCGCAGCUCGUAAGAGCUGAUGGCACCUGCACGGCAAACAGCAAAGAACAGGCUGAGGAAAUGCUGACCGUCUUCUUCCCUCCCCUGGCGGAAAUAGUUGAAGAGGAAGUGGAAAGACCCCAGUGUGGAACAGCUGUCGCCACGCCGGACAUUACGAUGGCAGAGGUGGAGCGACAAGUUCCGCAGUACGCACUCACUAUCAAGCUCAUGAUGCCGACUAGCCCACAACAGCCCAAUCUUUUCGAUUGA